CUCGAGUCUUCCUGACUGCAGGCCUGGAAGUCUAACCACCGCACCACCUCGCUGCCCUUCUGCACAUCCCCCGAUUGGGCUAAAGAAGUUGAGCAUAUUUUAAAGUUUCUGACUAUCCCCAGCCUGUUUCCUCCUUUACAAAUUCAUUCGUGUUAUGUACACAUCUGUCAGUUUGUGGCUCAGCUCUGGGAGCUGAGAAGGGCUGUUCAUUUGUGAGAACACGGCCCGACUCCAAAGUUUGCAUAGUUUUUAUUUUCACUUUCAGUACCAAAGACCUUAGCUAAAGGCUGACAACCGCAGAGAUGGUGGUGAACAGACUCCGCUUGACGAUAUUCAGCAUCAUUACAACUCAGCUCAUGCCCUUCAAGGAGGCACUGGAGUGUAUGGUGGGAGAGUAUAAAGUAGAUGGGCAAUGCUGCCCCACCUGCCAUCCAGCAUUUGGCUUGGUGACCAGAAGGGAAUGUUCACCUAUAUCCAACACAGUGUGUGGCUGCUCUCCAGGAUAUUUCUGCACCAACAUGAAAGAUGAUGACUGUGAGAUGUGUGUGGCUCACCGAGUCUGCACUCCUGGACAAUACGUGAAGUCUAGAGGCACGGAGAGAAACAACACCAUCUGUGAAAAGUGCCAGGCAGGGACAUUUUCCCCCAAUGGGACCCUUGGCCAGUGUCUGCCAUGGACCAAUUGUACUGCCCAGGGUUUAUUUGAAGAAAAGCCAGGCACUGACACCAUGGACACAUUGUGCUCAAUGCAGGGUAACCCUCCACUCGGAUUUAUUGGUACCCCCAUCAUCAUCAUCAUCAUCAUCAUCAUCGUCACCUUUGUCAUCACUGUCAUCUCCAUCAUCAUGAUAUUUGUUAGAAGGAAAAAGAACCGAGAAAGAGCUUAUGACAUAAAAGGAAGGGCUGAAGCGUCAGACCCUGAAAAGAUCUGUGACCUCCUCGAGGCUGAUGGGUCAAUCAUCAACUUACCUGUGCAGGAGACUCAGCAACAGGAAGAAUCAGAUGUAGUGAGCAGAAUAAUGUCCAAGAGUUAGGGCCGUCGGGAUGAUGAUCUCGGGAGUUCAGUGAACUGCCAAGGCCAAGUCAUAGUCUCUGUCUGUCACUGGGACGAAGCUCGUCUUCGGCAGUGGUGGCCUUCUUGAACCUCCUCCUAGUUUUGUAGCCAAAAGCAUUCCAGAUGGCAAAGGAUAUCUAAGGCAGGCCAAAGGUUUCACCAGUGGCAUCCAAUUCUGAUGUCUCGUCCCAGAGCGGAGCGUGGGCAGGUGAGGCAACAGAGCCUGAGUUCUGAGAGGAUAGAUGAGCUGUGAGUGUAGGCUUGGUAUGAACAGUCUGUUUUCUAAGGAUCAGCAUGAAGAAGGUGGCUGGCCACCUGGUGGUUAAUAUAAAUUCAUUUUAUAUUUAUUAUGGAUGUAUUUAAUUUUUGUUA